AUGUGCAGAACAACGCAGCAAAGCAUCGAGAUGACCGGCGGCGGCGCCGCUUCCGGGAGCACCCAUGGCCGCGAGCUCCUGCCCGCCAACGUCGUCCCUCGACACUACCACGUCACGCUGGAGCCUGACUUUGAGAAGCUGACAUUCGAUGGCACCGUCGUCAUCGACGUCGACGUCGUCGAGGACUCGACUUCCAUCUCGGUCAACACUCUGGAGCUUGAAAUCCACAGUGCCAAGAUCUCGUCCAAUGGACAGACCAUCAGCUCCGCCCCCAAGGUCUCUCAUGAUGAAGCUCAGCAGGUCAGCAAGUUUGGCUUUGGCAGCUCUCUCGCCAAGGGCAGCCAGGCGCAGCUCGAAAUCUCCUUCACUGGUCACCUCAACGACAAGAUGGCCGGCUUCUACCGAUCCACCUACAAGAGGGAGGACGGUACCGAGGGCACCCUUGCCACGACUCAGAUGGAGCCUACCGACGCUCGCCGCGCCUUCCCCUGCUUUGACGAACCCGCUCUCAAGGCCAAGUUCACCAUCACUCUCGUCGCCGACAAGAAGCUGACCUGUUUGAGCAACAUGGACGUCUCCUCCGAGACCGAGGUUCAGUCCAAGAUGUCGGGCUCCGUCAAGAAGGCCGUCCACUUCAACACGUCGCCCCUCAUGUCGACCUAUCUCGUCGCCUUCAUCGUGGGUGAGCUCAACUACGUCGAAUCUCUGGACUUUCGCGUGCCUUGCCGCGUCUACGCCCCCCCCGGCCAGAACAUCGAGCACGGCCGCUUCUCCCUUGACCUCUGCGUCAAGACGCUCAAGUUCUACGAGAAGGUGUUUGGCAUCGAUUUCCCCCUGCCCAAGAUGGACCAGGUUGCCAUUCCGGACUUUGCUCAAGGCGCCAUGGAGAACUGGGGCCUCAUCACCUACCGCACCGUCGACCUCAUGCUCGACGAGAAGACGAGCGGCGCCGCCACCAAGGAGCGCGUGGCCGAGGUUGUCCAGCAUGAGUUGGCCCACCAGUGGUUCGGAAACUUGGUGACGAUGGACUGGUGGGAGGGCCUCUGGCUCAACGAGGGCUUCGCCACCUGGGCCUCUUGGUACUCGUGCAACGUCUUUUACCCCGAGUGGCAUGUCUGGCAGACGUAUGUCAUCGACAACCUGCAGUCGGCCCUGUCUCUCGAUUCGCUGAGGAGCAGCCACCCGAUUGAAGUUCCCGUCAAGCGUGCCGACGAGAUCAACCAGAUCUUUGAUGCCAUUUCCUACUCCAAGGGAUCCUGCGUGCUGCGCAUGAUCUCGACCUACCUCGGCGAGGACGUGUUCUUGGAGGGUGUCCGCGCAUACCUAAAGAAGCACGCCUACGGCAACACGGAGACGGGCGACCUCUGGAACUCUCUGAGCGAGGCAAGCGGCAAGCCCGUGCACGACAUCAUGACAGCCUGGACGAAGAAGGUCGGCUACCCCGUCAUUACCGUGACGGAAAAGGACCAAAACGGCACUGUCAGCGUGAAGCAGAAUCGAUUCCUGCGUACGGGAGACACAAAGCCGGACGAGGACAAGGUCCUGUUCCCCGUCUUCCUGAGCGUCCGCAACAAGGACGGCGUCGACAAGUCGCUCGCCCUCAACGAGCGCGAGAAGGAGUUUAAGCUGCCCGACGGCGAGUUCUUCAAGUUCAACGCGAAUCACACAGGCAUCUACCGAACCUCGUACUCGCCCGAGCGCCUUGAGAAGCUCGGCAAGGCUGCCAAGGACGGCCUGCUGACGGUCGAGGACAGGGCAGGCAUGAUCGCCGACGCCGGCGCUCUCGCUACUUCUGGUUACCAGAAGACAUCUGGCGUCUUGAGCCUCCUCAAGAGCUUCGGCUCCGAGUCCGAAUUCGUUGUGUGGAACGAAAUCAUCGUUCGCCUGAGCACCAUUCAAUCGGCAUGGAUCUUCGAGGACAAGGCGGUCCGCGACGGCCUCGACGCCUUCCUCCGCGAGCUCACGAGCGCCAAGGCUCACAAGAUGGGCUGGGCUUUCUCCGACAGUGAUGGCCACGUUGAGCAGCAGUUCAAGGCCAUGCUGUUCGAGAGCGCAGGCAUGAACGGCGACGAACAGAUCAUCACGGCUGCCAAGGGCAUGUUCAACAAGUUCAUGGAAGGCGACAGCAACGCGAUUCAUCCCAACAUUCGGAAGAGCGUCUUGGCCAUGGCUCUCAAGUACGGUGGCAAGGAAGAGGCAAGUCCUGAUUUACUUUUGGCGUGA